AUGUGUGAGGCGAGUGAAGCUGUUUUGUCAAGAAGAAACAUCGCCAAGCCUCUUGAGUCCAGUUCGGAAGUCGAAACAAAUGAACUCCCUCCCACGGAAGAAGAGGCUGAUUCCAAGGAGGUGCGUCUCACACUCAUGGAGGAGAUCUUAUUGCUUGGUCUCAAAGAUCGUGAGGGUCACUUAUCCUUCUGGAACGAUAGCGUCAGCUGUGGACUCCGGGGCUGCAUAAUGGCCGAGCUAGCACUACGUGGUCGUCUGACUUUGGAGCCCAGUGGGAUGCGUCGACGAGGUUUGUUCUCUCGAGCUGUUGUUGUGAAAAAUAGCGUGCCCACUGGUGAUGCUCUCUUGGAUGAGGCUCUCAAGCUAAUUAAAACCAAUCAACCAGAGAAUACUAAGACGUGGAUCGACUAUCUGAGUGGCGAGACAUGGAAUCCGUUCAAACUUCCUUUACAAAUGCGGAAUGUUCGCGAGCGAAUAGCCAAAAAUCUAGUUGAAAAAGGCGUUUGCACUACGGAAAAACAAAACUUCGUUGUCUUUGACAUGAUGACUCAUCCGCUCGUAGAUUUUCAAGCUAAACAGCGAGUUGUACAUCGCAUCCAAGAUGCCAUCCUCAAUAAAUGGAGUGCAGACAUUCACAAAGUAGACAAGCGCCUUCUAUGUCUUAUCUUGCUUGCCCACCAUUCGGACGUCUUGGACAAUGCUCUGGCCACUCUGUCCGAUUCCGAUUAUGAUUUGGCUAGAAGGCGUGUCAGCUCUGCUCUACAACUGGACUACACAUCAGAAGCCGCCAAAGAUGGUACCAAUGACCUUCUUUGGGCCAUAUUGGCUUCGUUCAAUGUUUGA